CACUGAUUGGUGCGCUCACGUGUCAAUCAUGUACAGCCGCUCUGUAAUUGGUGAACUCCUCGUCCAAUCGUGGUCCAGCGAUGCGGCAGUUCCCACCACCCUUUGCGCUGGAGACCGGCUGCUCUCAGAGCCACAGUCUCAGCAGCCGAGAGGAGGCGAGAGAUCAGACACUUACACAAUGCUCCUCGGACCAUAAACACUCCGCUCACCUGCUGCAGCUCUUCCUGUUCCUGCUACUGCUACUGCUGCCAAGGAGACUGGAGACACAACGACGCACUGAGUUCAUUGCUUAAAAACAAAAACAAUAACAACAACAAAAACUAUCCUUGAAGAGAGAGAGAGAGAGAGAGAGAGUGUGACGGGAGGAGGCAGGCAGCGGAACCGGGAAUAGGACACCACCACCACCACCAUCAUCCUCCUCCUCAUCAGAGAUUAAAGAGGAUCACUCUGUCUGUCCUCUGUCUCUUUUUAGAAGACCAACAUGUCCACGUCCGGGAAAGAGAACAGUGCCGCCCAGCAUGCCAAUUACGUGGGACCGUACCGCUUGGAAAAGACGCUGGGGAAAGGACAGACAGGCUUGGUGAAGCUGGGAAUACACUGUGUAACGUGUCAGAAAGUCGCUAUAAAGAUUGUCAACCGAGAGAAACUCAGUGAAUCUGUCUUAAUGAAGGUGGAACGAGAAAUCGCUAUUCUGAAGCUCAUAGAACACCCACACGUUUUAAAGUUGCACGACGUCUACGAAAACAAGAAAUAUUUGUAUUUGGUUCUAGAGCACGUGUCUGGAGGAGAACUGUUUGACUACCUGGUGAAGAAGGGGAGAUUAACACCCAAAGAGGCACGCAAAUUCUUCAGACAGAUCAUCUCUGCUCUGGAUUUCUGUCACAGUCACUCCAUAUGCCACCGGGACCUGAAGCCUGAGAACCUGCUGCUAGACGAGAAGAACAACAUCAGGAUAGCAGACUUCGGUAUGGCCUCGUUGCAGGUGGGGGACAGCCUCCUGGAAACUAGCUGUGGGUCGCCUCAUUACGCCUGUCCUGAAGUCAUCCGGGGAGAGAAAUAUGAUGGGAGGAAAGCAGAUGUAUGGAGCUGUGGAGUCAUUCUGUUUGCUCUUCUGGUGGGAGCUCUGCCAUUCGAUGACGAUAAUUUACGAAACUUGUUAGAAAAAGUGAAGCUGGGAGUGUUUCACAUGCCACACUUCAUUCCUCCGGAUUGCCAGAACCUUCUACGAGGAAUGAUAGAGGUGGACGCUAGCAAACGGCUUACGUUAGAACAGAUCCAGAAGCACACGUGGUACAUCGGGGGAAAGAAUGAGCCGGAACCCGAGCAACCUGUGCCAAGGAAGGUGGCGAUCCGCAGCCUGCCGUCGGCCGACGACAUCGACCCGGACGUGUUGGAGAGCAUGCACUCGCUCGGCUGCUUCCGAGACAAGAACAAGCUGAUGAAGGACCUGCUGUCUGAUGAUGACAACCAGGAGAAGAUGAUCUAUUUCCUGUUGCUGGACCGGAAGGAGCGGUACCCGAGCCAUGAAGACCAGAACCUCCCGCCACGCAAUGACAUAGACCCUCCACGGAAGCGAGUGGACUCCCCCAUGUUGAACCGGCACGGGAAGAGGAGACCAGAGCGCAAGUCCAUGGAGGUGCUGAGUGUCACAGACGGAGGAUCACCCGUGCCAGCGCGGCGAGCCAUCGACAUGACACAGCAUGGACAGAGGUCACGCUCUAUCAGCGGAGCAUCCUCGGGUCUCUCCACCAGUCCUCUCAGCAGCCCCAGGGUGACCCCUCACCCCUCCCCCAGAGGCAGCCCUCUGCCCACUCCCAAAGGAACACCUGUUCACACACCGAAGGAGAGCCCUGCUGGAACGCCGACCCCCACACCGCCUCCCAGCCCCUCCAUUGGAGGCAUGCCCUGGAGGACACGUCUCAACUCCAUCAAGAACAGCUUCCUGGGCUCUCCACGCUUCCAUCGCAGGAAACUACAAGUUCCUACCCAAGAUGAGAUGUCCACCCUCACACCAGAGUCUUCCCCGGAACUUGCCAAAAAGUCCUGGUUUGGUAACUUUAUCAACCUGGAGAAGGAGGAGCAGAUCUUCGUGGUGAUCAGGGACAAGCCUCUGAGCUCCAUUAAGGCAGACAUAGUGCAAGCCUUUCUGUCGAUCCCUAGUCUCAGUCACAGUGUGAUCUCCCAGACGAGUUUUCGGGCAGAGUACAAGUCUACAGCAGGUCCCACUGUCUUCCAGAAGCCUGUGAAGUUCCAGGUGGACAUCACUUACACAGAGAGCAGCAUGGCCACCAAGGAGAACGGUAUCUACUCCGUCACCUUUACCCUGCUCUCAGGUCCGAGUCGGCGCUUUAAGCGGGUGGUGGAGACGAUCCAGACGCAGCUGUUAAGCACACACGACCAGCCGGGAGUCCAGCAGCUGGCUGGCAGCCCAUUGAGUAACUUCUUUGACGUAAUUAAACAACUUUUUUCAGACGAGAAGAACAGCCAGGUGCUCCAUCCACCUGGCACGCCCAACAGACACCCGCGGCACGAUCCCGAGCCUAGUGACUCUAAAAGCCUGGCAGGAAAUGUCAGGGACAAUGCCAGGAUGCUGGCCUCUGUUGGGACGCAGGAGCAGCCCUAGAGACCUGU